UAGUUGUUUAUUGUCACAACAGACCUGUGACCAAAAACCAUAAUCUCCUCUCCUUCUUCGCCUCAGUUCCUUUUUCUAGGGUUUGUUCGUUCCUCUUUUUUGGAUUUUGGCCUAUUCUUCUUCAUUUUCUUCCUCUGCGCGUUUGUCGGAGCCUAGACGAAGGCGGUUUGGGUUGAUCAUCUUUUUUGUUGAUAAAGAUGAGAGGUUCCAACAAUACGGAUCUGUUUGACCCCAAGACCGAGAUGGAUUCUGAUUUCUCUCGUCAUGGUGCGGCCUCCGACGGCGAUUUUGGAUUCGCUUUCAAUGACAGCAACUUCUCCGACCGCUUGCUUCGGAUCGAGAUCAUGGGCGGUCCCUCGGAUUCUCGUUCCGACGGUGAAGGUUGCACGAGCAUCGCCGAUUGGGCUCGGCAUCGGAAGAGGAGGAGAGCAGACAUCAAGAAGGAAUCUGGUGUGAUCUCGGAUAUUGUGGCAUGUCCCGAGGAGCAGAUUUUGACUGAUACCCAACUGGAUAUGGAUGGUGGUCCGGGCGGUGAAAAUCUAGACGAAGAAGAUGAAGCAAUGGUGGAGGAGACACUAUCUGGUGAUGAGGACACAGCCAGCGAGACUAACUGGGGUAUGGACUGUUCUACUGUUGUAAGAGUUAAAGAACUGCACAUCAGUUCUCCCAUCUUGGCAGCAAAAAGUCCAUUCUUCUACAAGUUAUUCUCCAACGGAAUGAGGGAGUCCGAGCAAAGGCACGUGACUCUUAGAAUUAGCGCAUCAGAGGAAGCAGCUUUGAUGGAGCUUUUAAACUUUAUGUAUAGCAAUACCCUAUCCGUCACAACAGCACCUGCUUUAUUAGAUGUGCUGAUGGCUGCCGACAAGUUCGAGGUAGCUUCAUGCAUGAGGUACUGCAGUAGACUGCUCCGAAAUAUGCCUAUGACACCUGAAUCGGCAUUGCUCUAUCUCGAGCUUCCCUCUAGUGUUCUGAUGGCUGAAGCAGUUCAGCCUCUAACUGAUGCUGCAAAACAGUUCCUUGCCUCUCGCUACAAGGAUAUUACCAAGUUCCAGGAAGAGGUUAUGUCGUUACCUUUGGCAGGCAUAGAGGCAAUACUGUCGAGUGAUGAUCUCCAAAUCGCAUCAGAAGAUGCCGUGUAUGAUUUUGUCCUGAAGUGGACAAGGGCGCAAUACCCUUCUUUGGAGGAGAGAAGAGAGGCUCUUGGUUCACGCCUUGCACGUUAUAUCCGUUUCCCGUACAUGACCUGUCGGAAGCUCAAAAAGGUAUUAGCUUGCAGUGAUUUUGACCACGAAGUAGCAUCAAAGCUUGUUCUAGAAGCUCUUUUCUUCAAGGCAGAAGCCCCCCACAGGCAGCGGAGCCUUGCUGCCGAGGAAUCGGCAUCCCUGAACCGGCGGUUCAUAGAACGGGCUUACAAGUACAGACCCGUUAAAGUCGUGGAGUUUGAGCUUCCUCGGCCACAAUGUGUAGUAUACCUCGACUUAAAGAGGGAGGAGUGCACAAACCUAUUCCCCUCGGGAAGGGUCUAUUCGCAGGCUUUCCACUUGGGCGGUCAAGGGUUUUUCCUCUCGGCGCACUGCAACAUGGACCAGCAGAGCUCGUUCCACUGUUUCGGGCUGUUCCUCGGGAUGCAGGAGAAAGGGUCGGUGAGUUUCGGGGUGGACUACGAGUUCUCAGCUAGGUCAAAACCCACCGAGGAUUUCAUCAGCAAGUACAAAGGGAACUACACAUUCACGGGAGGGAAAGCGGUGGGCUAUAGAAACCUGUUUGGGAUACCAUGGACGUCGUUCAUCGCAGAGGACAGCCCCUACUUCAUCAACGGCAUUCUCCAUCUCAGAGCCGAGCUCACCAUCAAACGAUCCGCAGAUCUCCAUUGACGUCCCCUGUUAUAUAUAUAUAUAUAUAUAUAGAUAAGUAUGGUAUUUGUUUGAAGUAGCUGACUAGCGCCGGUCUUGUCUUCACUUGUGAAGCAGAGUGAAAACGGUGUUUUCUGUUAAUGGCUGAAGGGGUAGACCACUAGACCUCGGAUGUUUGUCUCUGACUCGUGUAAAAGUGAUGCAAAUCUGUGUGUGAACGUUGUAUCGGCUCGUUUCGUUUAAUGGAAUGGUUCACUUUCUGUCCCA